UCAGUUUCUUACAUAAAAAACGACAGCAUUUUCACUUUUCUUACAACCUGGAACCCCACUUCACAACGGCCAUUCUCAGCCAGCCCCAAUCCACACAGCAAAAAUAAAAAUAAAAAUAAAAAUGAUGGGUUUACACUUAAAGUAAACAAUAAAACUUCUUUAAAUGUUUUGUCCAUUGGAUAUAAAAAGUUGUGAAAUAAUUUCAGUUCAUCUCAGUUUGAUGAACUAUUAGGGUUCUUGGGUUUUGGUUCUUCUUGAAUUUUGAUCUGUUUUGUUCUCAAGAUUCCUGAAACUAAAUUGUACUUUAUGCUUAAGAAAGGACCCCAGAAAGAAAGUUUUUAUUUUUUUGGUCUGUUUUUUGUUGAAAUGGACUCUUAGGGGGUUUUGGGGUUUGUUUUUUCUUCAAGAUUCUUGAAAAAAAAUUGUCUUUUAUGUUUAAACAAAGAACCCCAGAAAGAAAGUUUUGAUCUUCUCUUCUGUUUGGUUUAAAUGAACUAUUAGGGAUUUGGGGUUUGGUUUUUCUUGUAAAAAAUCAAUCUUGAUGCUUUAAAGAAAGAACCCCAGAAAGGAAGUUUUGAUUUUUUUUUUCCUGUUUUUGGGUUGAAAUGACCUAUUAAUGUUUUUGGGGUUGGUUUUUCUUGUAUUUGAUCUGUUUUUCUUCAAUAUUUUUGAAAAAAACAUUUCUUUAUACUUAAAGAAAGAACCCCAGAAAGAAAGUAUUGAGCUUUUUUGGCUUGGGUGAAAUGAAACGAACGAAGCUGGACUCAGUAAUCUCUGUGAGUCGACUCAGAUCGAUUCAAGUCUUGAUGGGGUUAUUAUGUUUGUAUUUUUUCUUGGUUACAUUGGAAAUACCUUUGAUUUCCAAACUUGGGUUUGGUUUAGAAUCAUAUGAACUUAUUUCUAUACCUUUUGAUAAUGACUCUAAAUUAAGUAGGCUUAAUAGUGUCAGUGAGUUAGCUCGUUCGAGUCAAGAUUCAGUUUUUCCUUCAAGGAAAAUGAGAUUUGCAUUACCUCAUAGGAAGAUAGGGGAGUUUAAGAAAGUUUCAGGUUUGAUUUUUGAUGAGCAGGCAUUUGAUAAUUUUGAUAGAGAUGAGUUUUCUGAGCUGCAUAAGGUUGUUAGGGAUGCUUUUGUAGCUGGGAAGAAACUGUUUCAGGAUAUUAAAUUGGGGAAAGUUGAGAGCGAGUUACUGAGUCGAACGAAUCAGAACCGGACUGAGUCGUGUCCCAACUCGGUGUCUUUGUGGGGUAAUGAGUUUGUGGCUGGUGGAAAGAUUAUGGUGAUACCUUGUGGACUGACUUUAGGGUCUCAUAUAACAGUUGUGGGGACGCCUCGUUGGGCCCAUGAGGAGAAGGAUCCUAAAAUUACACUGGUGAAGGAUGAUGAUGAGAUUGUGAUGGUUUCACAGUUUAUGAUGGAACUGCAAGGAUUGAAGACAGUUGAUGGAGAGGACCCUCCAAGAAUACUGCAUUUCAAUCCGAGGUUGAAGGGGGACUGGAGUGGAAAGCCAGUGAUUGAGCAGAAUACAUGUUAUAGGAUGCAGUGGGGGUCUGCGAUGAGGUGUGACGGUUGGAGGUCCAAGCCUAGUGAGGACACGGUGGACGGACAGGUAAAAUGUGAGAAGUGGAUACGUGAUGAUGAUGAUCACUCUGAAGAAUCAAAGGCCACAUGGUGGUUGAAGAGACUGAUUGGUGGGAGGUCAAAAAAGGUUCCAAUUGACUGGCCUUACCCUUUUGUAGAGAACAAGUUGUUUGUGCUUAGUGUCAGUGCUGGCUUAGAAGGUUAUCACAUCAAUGUAGAUGGGAGACAUAUUACUUCCUUUCCUUAUCGCACUGGUUUUACUCUUGAGGACGCGACAGGUCUGUCUGUUAACGGGGAUAUUGACGUGCAUUCUGUAUUUGCUGCUUCAUUGCCCUCAACACAUCCAAGUUUUGCUCCACAGAGGCAUCUGGAGAUGUUACCCAAGUGGCAAGCUCCGCCACUUCCCGAUGAACCUGUAGAGCUUUUUAUUGGCAUCCUUUCUGCAGGCAAUCAUUUUUCUGAGAGAAUGGCUGUGAGAAAAUCUUGGAUGCAGCAUCCAUCACUCAAGUCUUCAAAUGUUGUUGCCCGUUUUUUUGUGGCAAUGCAUGGAAGAAAAGAGAUAAAUGUGGAGUUGAUGAAAGAAGCAGAAUUUUUUGGUGAUAUAGUUAUAGUCCCCUACAUGGACAAUUACGAUCUUGUUGUGUUGAAGACAGUAGCAAUUUGUGAAUAUGGGGUCCGUACAGUUGCUGCAAAGUAUGUAAUGAAGUGUGAUGAUGACACAUUUGUGAGAAUUGAUGCUGUGACGAAGGAAGUUAAGAAAGUUCAUAGUGGUAGAAGCCUGUAUGUUGGAAACAUCAAUUACUACCAUAAGCCCCUUCGACAUGGUAAAUGGGCAGUCACCUAUGAGGAAUGGCCUGAAGAAGAUUAUCCGCCCUAUGCCAAUGGGCCCGGUUAUGUCAUCUCAUUUGACAUUGCAGAGUACAUAGUUUCUGAGUUUGAGAAACAUAAGCUGAGGUUGUUUAAGAUGGAGGACGUGAGCAUGGGAAUGUGGGUAGAACAAUUCAACAGCUCCAGGCCUGUAGAGUACGUGCAUAGCUUGAAGUUUUGUCAGUUUGGGUGCAUUGAUGAUUAUUACACUGCACAUUAUCAAUCUCCAAGGCAAAUGAUGUGCCUGUGGAGAAAGUUGCUGAACCAAGGGAAACCUCAGUGCUGCAACGUGAGAUGACAAGGCAUGCCCUGUUAGCUUGUGUUAGGCAAUGCUGAAAAGGAAGCAAGACUAGAUAAGUUCCAGGGAAGAGCUUGUACAUAUAACUCGAGUAAAUUAGCAUAUCGUGCUAUUAUAUUUACUUCAUUCAUUCAUUAGUUGCUUCUUUUGUUGGGACACCAGUCUUGUGCCCAAGGCGAGUUGACAUGGGAGCUCGUGAAACUGUACGAAAACAAUGAUAGCUUAAACUCUUAAAAUAUAUAACUCAAGGCUGAACAUUUCAUUCUCAA